AUGGCCGAUCCCUACAAUCCAUACACUUCAUACUCAACGCCCACGCCGGGCGGGGUCGGUUACUAUCCACCCGAGGAGCAAACUCAUGCUCACCAUCAGCCCGGCUAUCAAUAUCAGCAACCAUACGGUGGUGCAGAACAACAACCAGGUCCAAAUUAUGGAUAUACUCCGCAGCCAAACCCGAGUCCGAGUCCUUAUCACCUCACACCAGAGCCGCAUCAAGGUGGCGCGCCGCAGAGAAGUUACACGCCUGUAGGGCAGCCAGACUAUCUGGGGCCGGUCACGACCACAGGAAUGGCGCCGCCGGGCGAAGGCAAAGUUCCAGAGAACCUGGGCUACUAUGGCUAUCCCGCCGACCAACCACGAUACACUCCAUCUGCCAGUCCCCACCCACCCUCUGUGCGUGUAUCUGAUGCAGAUCAACAACAUUAUCGCGGUGACGAGACUCAUCCGUCAAACCACGACGCCGACGCCGAGGGUGAACGUGGAAUCGGAAGUUCUUUGGCCGGUGGAGCCGCGGGAUAUUAUUUCGGACAUAAGAAGAACCAUGGCCUGCUGGGUGCGAUUGGAGGUGCUAUCGUGGGUAACUUUCUGGAAGAUAAACUGAAGGAUAGUGGUCGACAUUCUCAUGGGCAUCACCAUGAGCAUGGUAGUGGGCAUCACCAUCAUCACCAUCACCAUCGGCAUAGUCGAAGUCGAAGCCACUCGCGGCAUCGGGGGGAGGAUGACUAUUAG